AUGGCGGACUACGACAACGAUUCCAGCCGUUACGCGGCGCCUCUCCUCGCGAUGAGCCUCGAGCCGACCGCGACCGUGCUCGCAGCCGCUCCCCCCAAUGGCCGCUCUGACGACAGAGCCCCUCUGGCUCGCAAGCCUAUCGAGGAAGAGGAUGAAGGUGCCGUCAAUACUGGCUCUAACCUCUUCGUUACUGGUAUUCACCCGCGCCUGACGGAGUCUGAUAUUUCGCGUCUGUUUGAAAAGUAUGGCGAUGUCGAGAACUGCUCUAUCAUGCUUGACCCCCACACCAAGGAGUCCCGUGGAUUCGGUUUCGUGAACAUGGUCACCGCCGAGCAGGCUGAUGCCGCCAAGGAGGGUCUCCAGGGUGAGGUCAUCGAAGGUCGCACCCUCAGCAUCGAGAAGGCUCGUCGUGCCCGCCCUCGUACCCCUACCCCCGGAAAGUACUUCGGUCCUCCCAAGCGUGGUAAGCUACAUCAUCCCUUCCUUUUGCGCCUUCGCAUCGGCUUACGUUUCCCUUCUUCAGAUGGUCCUGGUGGUCCCCCUGGUGGUGGUCGUGGAGGUCCCCGCCGUGAGCGUUAUGAUGAUCGCCGUGGCCCCUCCGGUGGCGGCUGGCGUCGUCGCGACGAUGACUACUCCCGCUAUGGUCGCUACGACUCUUACAAUGAUCGCCGUGAUUAUGGCCGCGACUACGGUCGCGACUAUGGCCGUCGUGAUUACGGUGGCGGUGGCGGUGGCCGUGACUAUGGUGGCCGCCGUGAAUCGCGCGACGACUAUGGAUACCGUGGUGGUGGUGACCGCUACGGCGGUGGCCGUGAUGACCGUUACAGCCGUGAUGACCGUCGUGGAGGUGAUGAUUCUCGCGGCGGCGGCGGUUACUACGAUCGUGACGCCAACCCUCCCAGCUUCGAUGCUGCCGGCCCUCCCCGUGAGGCCCGCGACCCCUACGUUGGUGGUGGACGUUCCUAUGAAGGCCAGGCACGCAGCAGCGCUGGUGGUGCUCCUGGCGGCGAGGAUCGGUACGCUGGCAGGUAA